GCGUUUUCUGCGACGAAACAGUCGCCAAGAGGCAGCCGAGAUGGCGCGCGAUGCGACUGUGACCAUCGACGCCGUGCACCGACGCAGCGUAAGCAACAACAACUACGAAGGGCGCAAGAGCAUUCGCAAGUCGGUGGUUGCCCCCGAGGCCGCGCACGAACCUCACUACGACGACAAGGCCGACUCGAUGGUCGGUAACCCCGAAGUCGACGCGCCGGAAGAAUCGUCGCCGCCGCCAAUCAAAUAUCGGCCGUCUUACAGCCGGCCGUACGACCUGCCACCGCCCAAAGCACCUCUGCCAAAGCGGGUCGUCGUGACAAGCGAAAAGAGUUCCACCGACGACGACGGACCAAGGACCAUUGUCAACGCGCACUCACGAACGCUCUUGGAAUUAAAAAGGCGCAAGCCGUCGCUCGUGGACCCGAGCUUGAAGGUCGAGGACCGGCUGCAGCAAUUGGGGCUCGUCUACGCCCAAAAGCAAGCCUCCAAGCAAGCCAUCAAUGCAACGCACCAGUGUACGUUUACGCCGGCCAUUUCGUAUCACUCGUCCAAGCUCUCGCGCCACGGCAGCGUGCACGACCGCCUCUAUGGCCUCGCCAAGGCACCGACACGAGCACCCGACGCGGCAUCAACCACAGCCUCUCCAGCAAAGCCAGCCACAUCCAAUACAGCAACGUCGGCGGGCGAGCGACUCUACCGAAAAGCCCGUGAAUUCCAGGUCAAGCAGGACGCAGUCCGCGCCGCUGAAGCCGCGGAAGCCGCUUCACUGCGCAAUACGCGCAAAAUGAGCGCCAAGAGUCUCCGCCUCGUGGAGCGUAGUACCAAGCCGCCCCAGCCUGUGCCGACGUCCGCAUCAAGUCCACCGGCUCGCACCAAGCAAGUGACGACCGCCCAAGCACGCGCCAUCUACGACCGUCAGCUGCAGUGGAAGGAAGCCAAGGACGCGAGAAGCGCUCGCAUCCGGUGGCAACAAGAUCGGGACGAGCAGCAAGCGUGCACGUUCCAAAACCCGUACGCCGACAAGGCGACGCCGCCGCUGCACGAUGCGUCGUUCUUUGACAAAGCGAUCGAAUGGGCCAAGGCCAAGGACGCGGUGGUGCGCCAAAAGCAGCAAGCCCGCCAAGCAGAGGAGCUCGCAGCCUGCCCGUUCAAGCCACAGCGGCCACCGCGGCCGCGCCGAAGAGACCCGAGCGGUCUCGAGGCCAUCAUUGCGACGUUCCAAGCGGAACACUAUGCGCACGCCCCACUGCCCUACCCGUGGGAAGCCUACACCGAUGCCUCGGGCAACGACUAUUACUACAAUCCCGCCACCGAGACAACCCAGUGGGGUCGCCCGACAUAGCACUCACAGCAUGCAAUACACGAUAUUCGCCAUUUGCUUACUUG